AUGGAGCAGUCGCCAGAGCUGAUCGAGUUCGUGAAUGCACUUCAGAUUUUGCACGAUCCAAAAUCCAAUCAGAAUGAUCGUCAAUUCGCCCACAACAUCUGCGAGAGUGCGAAGUCUGACGACCUUCGAGCGUACAGCCUUGCAUCGCAGCUUGUAUCGGCUUCUUUGCCGCAUCAUCUUUAUGAACACUUGAUCACGAAACGAUGGAAUACGUUGGACCCAAGCAGCAGGGCACAAUUGAAGAUUGUUUCACUAGAAAUCAUAUCCAAAUGGAAUACGGAUUUGUUGGUAGAACCUCGAUUCUUGAAAGAAAAGGCUGUGCAGAUUGUUGCGCUCAUUGCCAAACGGGAGUGGCCGCAUCAGUGGCCUUCUCUGUUUGCUGAACUUACUUCGUUGUCUCGGACGGGAGAUUCGCACUGUGAACUGGUUCUACAUGUGCUCCGAGGAAUUGCUGAGGGAAUGUUUGACGAAGAUCAGCUCAGCGAUGCUCGUCGGAACGAACUUCUUGUCGCCUUGAACAAUGAAUUCGCCAGCCUGUUCGCCUUCUGCUUCCAAGUCUUGGAGGAAAAAUUUCUUCUGUUUCAGUCCUCAGUUGAUCUCGAGAAGCAAAAAGCAAAGUGUCUUGUCAGCGCAGCAUUGAAAAUGUUUGAAGCAUAUGCUCCACUCUCAUCUUUUCAGGUUCUUGCCCAGUGUGGUUUGUUGCAAGCGAUCUGUGCACUGCUGGCCAAUCCUGAUCUCCGUGGUGAAGCUUUGGGAGUCUUGCAAGCAAUUUGUGCGAAAAAAUGCAAAGACGUUCCUCAUGAAGCUGUAACAAAUCUCGUUGGCUCCUUGUUGGAACUUUGCAAGGGCGGCUUGUUGCAACAGACUGAGUUCGAUUUUCACAAAGGACUCUGCGUUGCCUUGACUGAACUUGGCCUAAAUUUUUGGACUUCCUUCUCUUCACAGCAAACCAUAGUCGAGGGGUAUCUGAGCCUUAUGGCAUCAUUCACAAACUAUCAUGCUCUUGCGAUAACAGCUAUCACGACGCCCUUCUGGCGUAAUUACUUGGAUGGUCAAAAUGCUGUAACCGGUGUAAAUCUUCCCCCUCAAAUACACGAAGCCCUGAUGGCGACUAUUUUAGACAAAGUCUCCUGCAAACCUGGUUCUGACUGGGAAGAUCUGUGCGGUGUUGAAGAAUUUUCGGAUUUUGAUGAGUAUUUCAAAUUCUGGGGUCAAGUGAAGGCCAAAGUUUUGGAAAUCGUGAGGAAGCUGGCUAAUUUGAUGCCAUUGAAUAGCAUCAUGUUCAUUGGAGCUCAGUGGCAAAAUGCCCUCCAGCAGACCCAAGAGCUUCUUUUAAAUGGGGUCCAAUCCUUGGAUGAGAAGGUCGACUCUAGGAUUGAAGCACUUCAGAGUGUGCUCGAGAACAUAAUUCUUGGAGUUCCUCUGGCAAAUUUUCAGAAUGAAAAUGACGAUGUGAAUGGGGCCUGCAGAAUGCUUGUGGGCAUUUUGGUUUCCAGAGAUGUCAACGGACAAAUUGUCAUGGCUUCUAUAGUGAGAAUGGGUCUGGUUGUCUUGAUUCCAUUCUUGCGAAUGCGUGGCGGGGACAGUGGAUUAGGCGCCGAGAUCAUUUCAAAAAUGCUCAAUUUCUAUGAUUUGUUCCCAAUCUCGUCAGAAUCCUCCUUUGUAUCCAAUACAUUGAGGACAAGUUUGAAUCUUAGUGAUACGGUCACCAUGCGGCGGCGGCUCAGUGCAGCUAUUGUAAAACUGGCGCACGCCAUGUCUGCUCAUCUUUUGCCUUACAGGGACCAGAUCAACAACAAAGUCCAGAGUUUGUUUUCAAGUGGACAAGUGACAGGAGAAGAAACUUCGCACCUUUAUGAGCUGCUCUUCGUCCUUUCAAACCCUCUGCCGUCCGACGCCGAGAGGGCCGCGUUCCUUGACAGCAUCAUGAUGCAACCUCUCGCAGAAUGGAAUGACCCGGUCUUGACACAAGCCAUGUCCGAUCCUCACGCAUGGGUUCAAGGUGGCAUAGCUGGCGAGAUUAUUCCUUCGGAAGAAACCUACUACAAUCUCCGGCAGGUGCGACAUCGGAUCCACCAGGUGCUUAUCACUCUGCUCUGCAUAUGCAGAAGAGUACAGGCUGGGGGAGGAGGGAUGGGCACGGGAGUCCAUUCGUCGAAUACAAAGAAUGGGUCUCUCUAUUCGAUCAGCAACCAUAUCUCUUCCAUACUGCCCAACCUAAGCCUACUCAUCAAGAGUAUCCACACCCUUUGGACGCCUGAUGUGCGGACCCGCUUGUCCCAAGAAUGGCAGGUUCUAUAUAAACCAGUCGAAUUCGAAGCGGCUGUGGAUCCCUCGUUUGCAAAAGCAGGCAAUGCUGCUCUUGAGACGCAGAAGGGACCAUCCAGCUUGGAAAGUCGGGUAACAGAUGUUUAUACUUGGAUCCGUCACGUUCGGGACGGUUCCUAUCAACUGGCCGGAAUUAUAUCCGGAUUCUGUGAUGGGUUUUACGUUGUUAUCAAUUCAAAUCCUUCUUACUUGGAAAAUAUCUUGGGGCUCGCGCCCGCCAUGGAGCAUAGGCAUCUGCGAAGUAUUCUAAGGCUCUUUGUUGGGCCACUUAUUCGUAACUGCCCCUCCGCCUUGUACAUGAGGAUUCUCCGCCCCUUCCUACCCUCGUUUCUGAGCUUGCUGCUGAAUCGACUGGAUGGUGGAUACAAAACCAUGAAAGAUAGGGAUAGCGGAGUAAGCAGUGCAGGCGCAAGCCAGGGGACAGAAAAGGAUGACAUCAUCUUUGAUCAGAUCCUUCGCCUCUUACACCGCGAAGUCGGGGAGCUCGUCCUGUCACUAGUGGAUGAAGGGCAGGGUCAAGCCGCAAUAGCAGCAGCAGCAGCUCUAAUGGAGGUGAAGAACGGUACUGCGCAAGCUGAAGGAGAUAAUCCGAACAAGGGCGGCGUCACAGGGACGCAGCAAGGGAAGGAGCUCACCGAGUUCGUCUUGGCUUGCCCCGACAUUGGACCGGUGCUGGUACAGUUGAUGUGCAACGCGUUCAUCUGGCCAGACUCUACUGCAUCCUCUCGGGCCAUGCUGUCACUUCAGAAGAUGCUGGCUGGCGAUCUUCUCGGUAUCGUGCUGCUCGCACUGACGUCGAAAUCGAACCCCUUGGAGUCCAUCGCUUCAGAGGCUGCGCUGCUGCAUCUUCUCAGAGACAUCUACAUGAAUCUCGUCACCAUCACUCCUCUCGUGCGCCAGCAGCUCCUGCGGCUGCCCGGAAUCAACCCAGCGGACCUUGACUACGUUCAGGAGACGCUCCUUGGCAAGAUGAUGGCGGAGAAGAAGCAGCGGGCGAUGCUCAAGGACCUGAUCAAGCCGUGCACCGGAGAGGAGGGGGCCGAUAGCAUUCGAGCGUUAGGAGGGGUGGUACCCUCCAUCUCCCGGUCCGCGAAGAGCACAUGGAGCGAGGAGCAGCGACAACUUUGCUUCGAGUGGUUGGAGACCACGGAGUUCUCUUAG